UUCAAUGCGACAAACGUCAGUGUUAGGCCAAAAUUUGUAGUAUAAAACAAAUUAAAAUUUUUAAAAAUUUGUGAUAAAUUCUGCGGUAAAAUCCUUGUGGUCCAUCUCAAAAAUGUGCAGCCCCUGCUGUAAGGCUUGCAAAGCACCACCAGUGUGUUCAAGCUGUCCUCCGAUGUGCUGCAGUCCGGGCAUAAGCUACUGCAUCUUCGAUCUGGAGAGUGCCGUUUUUGACACCCGUCACGUCUAUCAGAGGGCUGUGGUUGAGCUGGUUUCGAGCUAUAAUAGAACCAUACCCGAACUGGUUCUGAUCCAAUGUGGACCCAUGGAAACGGCUGAGAUGGCGCAGUUGAUUUGCCGCAAGUGCGAUCUUCCCGUGAGCUGGGAGACUUUUCGCUUCCAACUGAAUGAACGCACCUCCGAUCUGAUCGCCAAUCCCACCCUGAUGCCGGGAGUUCAGCGAUUGGUCACCCAUUUGCGCAAAUGUUGUAUGGGACUGGGGUUGGUCACCUCGUGCUCCGAAUCGAUGUACUGCACCAAGAUACGUGGUAGGGAGGAUUUUUUCGAUAACUUCUCAUCGGUGAUCUGUGCAGAUGAUGCGGACCUUAAGGCUCUGAAGCCGGAGCCGGAUGUCUAUCUGAUUGCCAUGUCUCGGCUGGGCGAUGCUGGACCCGAUUGCACCCUGGUCUUCGAUGGCACGCCCAAGGGUGUGCAGGCUGCCACGGAUGCUCGGCUACCCGUGGUAAUGUUGGCCGAAAAGGAGCUUCCCUUCUGCUGGUCGGAGUUGGCCUCGCUGCGCCUGGAAACCCUGGAGGAAUUCGAUCCGGAGGAUUUUAAUAUGCCACCGUACAGUUGCACGGAGCCGCCACCGCGGAAAUCCAAGACAUCAAGUCGUCGUGGCUCCCAAAUAUCUGGAGGAAGUCGCCGGAGCUCCGCGGCUAGAAGAAAAGCUGCUGAGGAUGCGGAGGCCGAUGAGGGAGAAGAGGAGGAAGACGAGGGCGAGGAAGCCGCAUAGUGAUAAAUACCACAUUUUUGUAGAUAAAUUCAAGUCAGUCGAUUUUAUUCUGUUUGAUUACAAAAAUAUUUGAUUUAAUAUUGAUUUAACAAUUAUGAGAAAUUUUUGAAAUUUAA